GAGGCGCCGCUCAGUUCGGGGGCGCCCACGGAGCGGCCGCCAUAUGCCGCGGCUGCCGCGGCGGCUCCGAGCGGCGCUGCCCCCCGGCAUCCUCCUCGCCCUCACCGUCCUCCUCCUCCCCGCGGCGGGCGCGGACGGAGCGCGGCGCCUCCAUGGGAAGUUCGCACCUCCUGAACAAGGGCUUGCCUCUAGUAAAAAUUUGAACACCAUCCAGGCUACAGAGGUUGCAGUGGAUAAGAAGUAUAAAAGCUUUGGUUCAAGAUAACAGGAGGCUGCAAGAAAAAUUAAAGACAUGGAAAUGAGGAUGGAGUGACAGGCUGCUAUUUUGCCUCAGAAUACUGAAGAUUGUAAAGCAUUGAGAAAUCGAAUUCAUGAUCCUGGAAAUCAAGCUCAGAUUAAGAAAUGUCAGGCAUUCGACCUCCGAUCAUGAACGGGCCCAUGCACCCGCGGCCCCUGGUAGCGCUGCUGGACGGCCGGGACUGCACGGUAGAGAUGCCCAUUCUGAAGGAUGUGGCCACGGUGGCGUUUUGUGAUGCUCAGUCUACACAAGAGAUUCACGAGAAGGUACUAAAUGAAGCAGUGGGUGCCCUGAUGUAUCACACUAUAACUUUAACUCGAGAAGACCUGGAGAAAUUUAAAGCACUUCGAAUAAUUGUCCGAAUUGGCAGUGGUUUUGAUAAUAUUGACAUCAAAUCUGCUGGAGAUUUAGGGAUCGCCGUGUGCAACGUGCCAGCCGCCUCCGUGGAGGAGACAGCGGAUUCCACCAUGUGCCACAUCCUGAACCUGUACAGGAGAACCACCUGGCUGCACCAGGCCCUGCGCGAGGGCACGCGCGUGCAGAGCGUGGAGCAGAUCCGGGAGGUGGCCUCGGGGGCGGCCCGCAUCCGAGGGGAGACGCUGGGCAUCAUCGGGCUGGGGCGUGUGGGGCAGGCGGUGGCUCUCCGUGCCAAGGCCUUUGGCUUCAGUGUGAUUUUCUAUGACCCGUACCUGUCGGACGGCAUGGAGCGGGCGCUGGGGCUGCAGCGCGUGAGCACUCUGCAGGACCUGCUGUUCCACAGUGACUGUGUCACCCUGCACUGCAACCUGAACGAGCACAACCACCAUCUCAUCAACGACUUCACCAUAAAGCAGAUGAGACAAGGGGCUUUCCUGGUCAACACAGCUCGAGGUGGGUUAGUAGACGAAAAAGCACUUGCACAGGCCCUGAAGGAAGGAAGGAUACGAGGGGCAGCCUUAGAUGUACAUGAGUCAGAACCAUUCAGCUUUAGUCAGGGCCCCUUGAAGGAUGCACCAAACCUGAUCUGUACCCCACAUGCAGCCUGGUACAGUGAGCAAGCCUCCAUUGAGAUGCGGGAGGAAGCGGCGCGGGAGAUCCGAAGGGCGAUCACAGGCCGUAUUCCAGACAGUCUGAAAAACUGUGUUAACAAAGAUCACUUGACUGCAGCUACACAUUGGGCCAGUAUGGACCCUGGAGUUGUUCAUCCAGAGCUUAAUGGUGCUGCAUACAGCAGGUAUCCCCCGGGCGUGGUCAGCGUGGCCUCCACGGGCAUCCCCGCGGCCGUGGAAGGAAUCGUCCCCAACCCCAUGUCUCUGUCGCACGGGCUCCCCGCCGUGGCCCACCCGCCCCACGCUCCCUCCCCCGGCCAAACUGUCAAACCAGAGGCUGAUAGAGAGCACCCCAGCGACCAAUUGUAGCCCAGAGCAGCAUUCC